AGGUGAUUUUUUUCUGGUUUUUCCGUUUUCCGCAUAAUCAAAAACUCCAGCAAAGACAUUUUCCUGUCAUUUACCAAAAGGAUCACUUACAGCAUAACUUCACGGGGAACAUGUCAAAACAUAUUCAGAAUCAUCACUGGUAAGUCCCGGAAAACAUUGAUAGAAUCUUGAUGAGUUCCUAUGCCUGGCCCUCGUCAAUUUCGGAAAUUACAGCAGCGGCUGCUGGGAUUGAAUCGGGUUUUGAACACUUCAAUCAGAUUUUUAGUGGCGGGAAUUACAUAUUCGAAAUCUCAUAAAGACUCGAACCAUUACGCGGAUCUCUUGCAGCUCUGUAAAAACAUCGCCGGCUUAAAAAAUGUGCAUGCUCGGAUUAUUGUUCGCGGUUAUGAACAAAAUCAAUUUCUGGCAACUAAGCUUAUUGGAAGUUACGCCGAGCUCGGUCCUCCCAAUCUGGAAAGCGCAAGGAAGGUGUUUGACAUAUUGUCUGAGAGAGAUGUAUUUUGUUGGAAUGUGAUCAUCAAGAGCUAUGCGAAUGUGGGUCCUUUUGUUGAAGCCUUGAAUGUGUAUGAUGAAAUGCGCUCAAAUGGCAUAACCCCAAACCGUUACACAUACCCUUUUGUGCUAAAGGCUUGUGGCGCAGAGGAAGCUCAUAAAAAGGGUCAACUGAUUCAUGGACAUGUUGUGAAAUUUGGUUUGGACUUUGAUCUAUAUGUUGGAAACGCUCUUGUGACAUUUUAUGCCAAGUGUAAGGAUCUUGACAUCUCUAGAACAAUAUUUGAUGGGAUUCUUCAAAAAGACAUAGUCAGUUGGAAUUCCAUGAUCUCAGGAUAUACCACAAACGGGUACAUGGAUGAAGCGAUCCGGAUCUUCUAUUCCCUUUUGAGGAAUGAUGUCACUGGUGCCCUUGAUAAUACCACUUUUGUAACUGUUCUUCCAGCACUUGCUCAGGCUGCAGAUAUCCAAGCAGGAUUCUGGAUUCAUUCUUACAUUGUAAAGUCGGGAAUGAAACUCAAUGCUGCUUUGUGCAGUGGUCUUAUAUCCUUGUAUUCAAACUGUGGCUAUAUAGACAUAGCAAGAGUCAUCUUUGACCGAAUCUCUGACCCCGAGAGAAAUAUUUAUGUGUGGAAUGCCAUAAUUAGAUGCUAUGGGAUGCACGGUUUUGCACACGAGGCACUCAGUAUGUUUAAACAACUAGUUGAAGAUGGCAUACGCCCCGAUGGGGUUAUAUUUUUGUCUUUGUUAUCUGCUUGUAGUCAUGCAGGCAUGCUGGCAGAAGGUUGGGAUGUGUUUCAAUCCAUGGAAGCUUAUGGAGUUCAGAAAACUGAAGCACAUUAUGCUUGUGCAGUGGAUCUCUUGGGGAGAGCUGGCCAUUUAGAUACAGCUGGGGAGCUUAUCAACUCCAUGCCCAUUCAACCAGAUAAAAAUGUGUAUGGUGCCUUGUUGGGUGCUUGUAGAAUACACAAGAAUAUAGAGCUGGCUGAAUUUGCUGCUGAGAAGCUAUUUGUGUUGGAUCCUAAUAAUGCAGGGCGUUAUGUAAUUCUGGCACAAAUGUAUGAGGAUGCAGGUCGGUGGAAGGAGGCAGCAAAACUGAGGACAUCGAUCAGAGAGAAAGAAAUUAGGAAGCCAAUUGGCUAUAGCUCCGUUGAGCUGGAAUCGGGUUAUAUAAAAUUUGGCGUCAACGAUGAGACUCACCCAUUUACUUCAGAGAUCUUUGAGACUUUGAUGAGCUUGGAUGGGAUAAUGGCGCAAGUAGGUAUCCACUGAUGGGAUACUAAGCUAUCCAGCCUCCUCAGUCUGGAAGUGAUGUGCCAUCAUCACUAUUCUUAAAUACCAUUUCAAACAGAGCUUGCCAGU